GGGCAUGCGCCCUGCUCUCAGCUCCCUCGCCCGCUCGGGCCAGCGCCUCUCAGCCGCCGCGCCAGCGCUGCGCGGCUUCACACGCACCGGCUUCACCGUCUACACGCGCACCGGGGACAAGGGCAAGUCGUCCCUCUUCAACGGCGAGCGGCGGCGCAAGGACGAUGUGGUCUUUGAUGCGCUCGGCGCGGUCGACGAACUGAGCGCGGCCAUCGGCCUCGCGCGUGCGCACUGCGAGGAGGGUGCGGCGGGAUGCACCAAGGAGGAGGCCGUGGAGGCGAGCGUGGCGCCCGCUCCCGGCCCGGCUGGCCUGCGGUGGCUGCUGCCUCAGCUCGAGGGCGCACAGCGGCUGCUGCUCGACGUGGGCUCUGCGAUUGCGACGCCGCAGACCUCGUCGUCGGAGAAGCACCUGCAGCGCGUCGGGAUCGACGGCGCCGCCGAGGCGAGCGUGCUCGAGGCGCGCAUCGACACGAUGGAUGCGCAGCUUCCUCCCCUCACCGUCUUCAUUCUGCCGGGCGGCGGCGCGCCGGCGGCCGCCCUCCACAUGUCUCGCGCCGUCUGCCGCCGCUCGGAGCGCUGCGUGGUGCCGCUGGUUGAGGCAGGGGAUUGCCCGGCCGAGGUUGGUGUCUACCUCAACCGCCUCUCCGACUACUUCUUCGUAGCCGCGCGGUACGCAGCGGCGAGCGCAGGCCACGCCGAGGAGCGUCGCGGCGACGACAAAGCGGGCCCGGCGACCGGACGGGUAUGACGCCGCGAUCUCGCGU